UUGGCCUCCUCCUCCAGUCCUCCACUCGAUUCCUCGUCGUCUCCUCCUCCCUCUCUCUCACCCCGUCUCUUUUCAUGCACACACUCCCUUGCUACAGUCGCUGUUGCCUCUGUAAGUACUGACUGCUACCUCCACUCCCGGGCCUCGCUUUUGUUGCCGCAAAUCUUUGUUGGCCGCCGCCGCCGCCGCCGCCGCUAUCUAUACACUGCACCUUCCAUUUCUGAUUUCUCCUCGGCUCAGCUCUCACUCUGAAUAGUUAAUAGUCUUCUCCAUCCAGCCUCGCAGCUCAAUCCCUUGUUGCGUUUGCUGGAUUGCAGCGUGUGUUUGGUUUGGACACUGGAGCUCGUGCUUCGAUCUGGCCGAGCUCCUCUGGGACUGGGACACCAAUUAGCCAGUAGAUCUGGUGCUGCCACUGCCAUCUCCCCGACCGAGACCUCGGCCGUGGCAAGAAAAUGCCCGCGGAAUGAGAGGGACAGGCCCCGGGAGUGGAGCAGCCCGAAAUAGCCAUUCGAGCGCGUGCGGAAGAGGAGGGAAGGUGACAGCUUGGGCAGGCAGUAGAUAGGUAGAGGAGAGCUCGAGCUGAGCUGAGCUGAGCUGAGGAGAGGCCGGCGUCGGCAUGGACUGGGAUCUCAAGGCGCCGGGCGCGUGGGACCUCGCGGAGCUGGAGCAAGACCACGCGGGCGGCGCGGCGGCGGCGGCAGCGGGAGCGGCGGGGACGUCCGGCGGGCACGGCAAUGCGGCCGCCUCGGCGUACCGCCCGCCCGGGGCGCCCGAGUGCUCGGUCGACCUGAAGCUUGGCGGGCUGGGCGAGUGCGAGCUCGGAGCGGGGCCGGCACGCAGGCAGCCCGCCGCCGCGGCGGGGAAGGCCCCCGCCCCCGCAGCCUCCGGGGCGGUGGCGGCGGCAGGCCCGUCGUCGCCCGGGCCCGGCGCGCCGGCGAAGCGGGCGCGCCCGGCUGGCGGCGGCGGCGGGCAGCAGCAGCAGCAGCAGUGCCCGUCGUGCGCGGUGGAGGGGUGUACGGCGGACCUGAGCAAGUGCCGCGACUACCACCGGCGGCACAAGGUGUGCGAGGCGCACUCCAAGACGCCCGUCGUCGUCGUCGCCGGCCGCGAGAUGCGCUUCUGCCAGCAGUGCAGCAGGUUUCACUUACUUGCGGAGUUCGAUGACACCAAGCGCAGCUGUAGGAAGCGGCUAGAUGGGCACAAUCGCCGCCGCAGGAAGCCACAACCAGAUACCAUGGCUUCUGCAAGCUUCAUCGCGAGUCAACAAGGGACACGAUUCUCACCAUUUGCCGCUCCAAGACUUGAUGCGAACUGGCCGGGUGUAAUCAAAACCGAGGAGAGCCCAUAUUACGCUCACCAAAUCCCUCUGGGCACCAGCAACAGGCAUAAUUUCGUCGGCUCGUCGUCUGCUUACGCCAAAGAAGGCCGCCGCUUCCCUUUCCUGCAGGAGGGCGAGAUAAACUUCGCCACCGGCGUGGUGCUGGAGGCUCCGGCUUCAGCGCGCCAGCCGGUCCUCAAGACGGCAGCACCUCCCGAGAGCAGCACCGGCGGCAAGAUGUUCUCCGACGGGCUGACCCGCGUGCUCGACUCGGAUUGUGCUCUCUCUCUUCUGUCAGCUCCGGCUAACUCCUCCAGCAUCGACGUCAGCAGGAUGGUCCCGACUGAACACGUCCCCAUGGCGCAGCCCGUGGUGUCGGGGCUGCAGUUCGGCAGCCCGUCGUGGUUCUCGCGCCCCCAGGCCGCCGCCGCCGCCGCGGCCACGGCCGGGUUCCCCUCAUGCCCCGUGGUGGAGGGCGGGCAGCAGCUGAACACCGUGCUGAGCUCCAACGACAACGAGAUGAACUACAGCGGGAUGUUCCACGUCGGCGGCAGCGGCGGCGGGGGCGAGGGCUCCUCGGACGGCACCUCUUCGUCGCUGCCCUUCUCGUGGCAGUAGUUAUCACUUCCUUCCCAGCGGCUGUUCUUGCGUGCUUCCGACCUGGUAGAGCAAUUCGCUUCAGUGAAUGAUCACUGAUCAGCACUGGUUUUCUGUCUUUUCUGCAUCCAUUUUAUUUUUCUCGAAUCGAUUCUACUCCCCAGCAUUCGUGUGGACAUCCUGAGCAUAAUUCGGUGCUCGUUUUCCUGAAAUUGUCUUAACUGUUGUGGUGCCUGCCGACUGCUGACCGCAGUGUUGCUUC